CAACAAAUUCCCAUUGCAUCGCGCAUCGGCAUUUCAAAAUAAAUCCGUUGGAAAAAUUUCCCGAACCGCAUUCGAAUUUUCCGCUUAUCCAUCCUACCACGAGGCCCCUCCAAAGCGCAUGAUCCGCGCGCUAUCGAUCGCCCCCGAACCGAAACACGUCCCAGCUGAUAUAACAUUUUCCAUUUUCCUCCAGUAGGUACCCCCGAAACAGCGAAACACCAUGGCGCCUUAUCCCAAACGAAUCGCCCUUCUGAUCGCCUCUAUGCUGAUAACGAUCGGCUGCGAACGCCCGAAACGGGCCGACCUCGAUCUGCCCACCUGCAUCGGCAAAUUCAACGUGCACAAGGACAAGAUCAUCAGGACGCAGGACUCCCAAAACAUGGGCGCCAAGUACCUCAACGAGAUGGAUCUCGGCUCCAGGGAGGAAUGCCUGCACCUCUGCUGCGAAACCGACGAUUGCGAUGUCUUCGUCUUCGAGGAAAAGAACGCUGGUAGUUGUUAUUUGUUCCAUUGCGGCCCGCCGGAGGAUUUCAAGUGCAAAUUCACGCAUCAUGUGAACUAUUCGAGCGCCAUACUAUCGAUAAAUAGACACCCUCCCGAUUUGGAGAGCCAAAUAAAGCUCACCAAGCACGAGCAGGACUUGACGAAGCUCAGGAAAUCGGAUUCAGAGCCCGAAGCUCCUGUACAACAAAUAAUUCGUACAACUCCUGCAAUAACAACAACAACGACCCCACAGCACGUGAGGGAGAUUAUACCAGUCAACAACAAUAACAACAACAACAACAAAAAACCAGGAGAAGAAGAUUCCAAAUGUACCCGGUUCCAAUUCGAGUGCCGCUCGACCGGCGAGUGCAUAGCCAUUUACAACGCCUGCGACGGGAUACCCCAAUGCGCCGACGGCAGCGACGAGGGCCCCGAAUUGGGCUGUCCCGAGUCAUCCUCCUCCGUCCUCACCACCGCGCCCCCAUCGUUGCCCGUGCAGCCCUUGAUCCGAUACAACAACGUGAAACCGAUCAACGCCAAUCCGCAGGGAUUGUACCAACAGCAACAACAACAGCAAUUAGUAGGCGAUAACGGGCAAUUGACCGCUCUGAGACCGGACGCGAAUUUUCUAAGGCCUGCAAGUGAUAAUAUGAAUUCGAGAUUACCUUACGAAAAUCCGGUCCUGCAACCGUACGUGGCGCAAUUGCCGGCGCAGGGUCAACCCAAUUGGUUGGGGCGUCAAUCGAAUCAAUUGCCCCCGCAGAUUGCUCAGUACGUCGAUAAGAGUCGCAUAUUCAAUCACAAAGAGUCUGGUUAUCAAAUGCCCGAUGGACCAGAGAUAAGGUAUAAUAAUAAUAAUCACAAGGGAGCGAUGCGGUAUUUGCACCGCGCCCUCGGACUUUCAAGCAUCGGAGGCCAAUCCGUCGCUUCGUAUCCCAAAAUGGCCAAUUACUAUCCGGAAAACGGCUACGUGCAACCGGUGCAACCGGACAACUGGCCGUCAGAAGGUGUAUACGCCGAAUCGACUAACAUCAAAGACAACAGAGGUCAAAAAAUCGAAUACAAAUUCACACCGGGAAGGGAACAACAGCAACAAGUACUACAACAACAACCGCCGAUCAUCAAAACCGACGAGGGUACGAAUCCCAAGCACGUACAAGACCAGCUGGCCCACGAUUUGAAGCACUCCAAACACAACAUGGAGCACAUGGGAAGUACCCGAUCGAACAACAAAUCGCCGGCGGAGCAACGACAACGCCACGAUGAAGAACAAUAUCCUGACGUGAUAGCUUACAAAUACAGCGGGGCCGAUGAUUUGGAGGACGGCGUGGCGCAAACGCAGAAAGGAGCGGUACUAUCGGUAUCUUUAGGUUUGAUAAUAACGUUUGUAAUGGCGGUGUUUAUCGGAUGUAGAUUGAAAGUGGUGCGAAGGAGGAUGAGGAAAGGCGGUAAAGCGUACGCUCACGACGCGGAUUUCUUGGUAAACGGGAUGUAUUUGUAAUUCGCAAAUGUGUAAAAUAAUGAGCCAAAUUAUAAUCAUUAACUCGUUUAAAAAUACUCCCCGCGCGAAUUGUACCUAGUGAAAAUAAUUUGGUAAAUUAAUCAUUGAGCAUAUUGUUCGUGUAAAUAUAACUGAGGAUUUUUUUAAGCUUUUUGUUUAUACAUAAUUAGGAAGGAUCCUUUUAAUAAAAACUCAAAGUAUU